GUGUGUGUGUGUGUGUGUGUGUGUGUGUGUGUGUAUCAGCCCGUGGGUCUGGUAGUUGCUUGCUGCUGCUGCUGCUUGUGCCUGCGAUUCGCCACGCCGGGUUUUUGCAUUUCACUUCGUUUCUAUUUGCUGUUGUUUCGUUGUUUUUAUUAAAUUGUGAUCUUAAUAUUAUAAAAUAGGCCUAUUUUAAAGACCCGUCAGUUGACUUUUGAUUUUUUUUUAUCCGUUUACACCUUCCGUUUCGAGUUUGACUUUAAGAACACGCGUAACGCUUACGUACGUGUUGAUAAAUUGAUGUAUUUCACAUCACGACACAAAGCAGCAAUAAUAAUUACAUUUUAUAAGCGGGGAAACAGUACGCUUACCGUCGUCCGACAAGUAAAUAAACACCAAGGUUGAAACUUAUCUUUAAAGAAGACAAAUACCUAUAUAAUUUCCACCGGUUUGGUACAACUACCAAUGAUUGACGUUCACGUGACAAUCACGACAGACGACCGACCCCUACUACAGUGUGUGAUAAGCUUCGUCUAAAUUCCGUCGUUCAAAUCAGUCCAACAGGUUUCCGAUUUUCAAUUAUAGUUUUGAACAAAAUAGUACAAGGAUAAAUAUUUUCUUCUUGCUGAACACUUGAGUCUAUAUUUCAAUUGAAUAGAACCAUAUUCAUGUUUACUGAAAGUGCCUAUCAUUAUCAACACUUAAGUCCUAAACAGCAACGAGAUAAGAAUAAAAAAUGAAUAAAUAUCUGUUUGGGGUCGAGGUGUUGGUGUCGACGGUUGGUGUGAGGAGUAAUAGCAGCCGGCACGUGGUAUCGCCGCUGCACGCCGCGGGCCGGUCUGGUGGAGCGCCGUGCGACGGCACCGCCCGCCGUGGAUUCGUUGUAUGAAAGUGUCGAGCAGCAGCGGCAGAGUUUGUGGAGGAGGAGGCGGAGGCGGUGUUUGCAGCAACGGCGACGGAGACGGCAACGACGCUGGAAACCGCGGUGACAGCGGCGGUGGCGGCGGCGGCGGUGCGCCCAACAACAACAACAACAGCAGCAGCAGCAGCACCAGCACCAGCACCAGCAGCCCUCCGUGCAGUGAGGGUGGCGGCGGCGGCGGCGGUGGUGGUGGUAGCGGCGGCCUGGUAGCUGGCGUGCUGGUCAGUGAUCAGGGCGAAGUGAUCAGCGACCGGUAUGUGGGCGUGGCGAGGCAGUUCGCGUCGCGUCAAGCGUCCGAGCGUGGCUCGACCAAAGCUGACCAAAGCGACGGUAGUGACGACGAGACCACGCUCAGGCAGAUGCUUGUGAGCUCAUACAUGGUGGAUGGUUUGCGCAGCUUGCAACACCAGGUGACGGACAUGAGCGCCAACCUGACGACGCGGCUGGACGAGCUGCAGUCGCGUGGCGUGUCACCAAGCCCGGCCGCCGCCUACUACGGCACCGAGCACCGCGGCCACGUGGAAACCAGCGUCGCACUGUCCGAGAUCCGGUCGCAGCUGCACGAGCUCACCAGGUCGCUGGAGUCGUGCCAAUCGGAGGUGACCGAGGUGAAGCGCGACAUGGUGGCCAUCAAGAACGAACUGGACACCGUGCAACAGGUCAAGGAGGAAAUCGAGGAGCUCAGGGAGUACGUGGACCGUCUGGAGCUGCAGUCGCAUCGCAGGAAGCUCAGGCUGCUCGAACAGGGACUUACAUUCUUUUUGUCCUAUACAAUCUUGGCGUCGAUGCUGGGCAUGCUUCAAUUCGGUUACAAUACUGGAGUGAUAAAUGCACCCGAAGGGAACAUAGAGAAGUUCAUCAAAGAUGUGUUUGAAGAUCGAUAUAAAGAAAAUAUGGACCACGGGCAGGCUGAGUUACUCUACUCUUUUGCAGUGUCCAUUUUCGCCAUCGGUGGCAUGUUAGGUGGCUUCAGCGGCGGCAUCAUCGCCAAUCGUUUCGGCAGAAAAGGAGGUUUACUGCUGAAUAGUUUUGUUGGCAUUGGUGGCGCUUGCUUAAUGGGUCUCACCAAGUACUUCAAUUCCUAUGAAGUUCUAUUUAUUGGUCGAUUCAUUAUAGGAGUCAACUGUGGUUUAAAUACAUCACUAGUGCCAAUGUAUAUAUCAGAAAUAGCGCCGCUCAACCUACGAGGUGGCCUCGGAACUGUCAAUCAGUUAGCCGUAACCACUGGACUGCUCAUAUCCCAGAUAUUGGGAAUAGAACAAAUUUUGGGUACAGACGAAGGCUGGCCUUUAUUAUUAGGAUUAGCUAUAUGCCCUGCCAUAUUACAAUUAAUUUUACUACCUGUAUGUCCUGAAUCACCAAGGUAUCUGUUGAUAACCAAACAAUGGGAAGAAGAAGCAAGAAAAGCUCUGAGGAGAUUACGUGCAACCAAUCAGAUUGAAGAAGACAUUGAAGAAAUGCGUGCUGAAGAACGUGCUCAACAGUCUGAAGCUACGAUAUCCAUGAUGGAAUUAGUAUGCUCACCCACUCUAAGACAACCACUUAUCAUUAGUGUAGUCAUGCAGUUGUCGCAACAGUUGUCCGGCAUAAAUGCAGUGUUUUACUAUUCAACUAGCCUGUUCAUAACUGCUGGUUUGGCCGAGAAUGUAGCUAAAUUUGUAACAAUAGGGAUUGGUGUAAUUAUGGUGAAUAUGACGCUGGUGACCAUGCCAUUGAUGGAUAAAACUGGUCGAAGGACAUUACAUCUUUACGGUCUGGGUGGAAUGUUUAUAUUUUCAAUAUUCAUUACGAUAUCAUUGUUAAUCACGGAGUUUUUCGGUUUUGUGCAGGAAAUGAUCGACUGGAUGUCGUACUUAGCUGUCGUAUCCAUACUUGGAUUUGUGGUAUUCUUUGCCGUUGGUCCUGGCUCCAUACCUUGGAUGAUUACUGCGGAGCUCUUCAGUCAGGGUCCUCGGCCUGCGGCUAUGUCCAUCGCCGUGCUCAUAAAUUGGGUGGCCAACUUCGCCGUCGGCAUUGGCUUCCAACCUCUAAAGACUGCAUUGGAUAAUUAUACAUUCCUACCGUUCAGCGUAUUGCUGGCAAUAUUCUGGAUAUUUACUUAUAAAAAAGUGCCAGAGACCAAAAACAAAACGUUCGAAGAAAUAUUAGCUCUAUUUCGGCAAAACGGCAGAGGAAGCGUCUUGGAAUCAAGUCGCUUAUACGGGAGUAUGUUAAACUAUUCAAACGCGUUAGACGAGCAUUUACCGCCCUCCGAAAGGGCAUCAUUAAUGGUGGCUGAGGAGAAACCUUUGCCAGACUCAUCACCAGUACAACACUCUCCGACGGACCCGGAGGUGUGUGCUGUAUGCGUCAACACUGGCAGUUCCCUCAUGAUGACGUCUCCGAACGUAACUCGCCGGUCGAGUCACACGCUCAGUAACCACGUUUGCCAAAUGGACUAGACCGUCGUGUUAUUCUAAGAUAAUACAUAAUUAUUAUAUUAUGCAUAUUAUUAUUAUUAUUAUUAUUAUUAUUAUUAUUAUUAUUAUUAUUAAUAUAUUAUUAUUAUUAUCAUUAUUAUGAAUAAUAAUAAUAAUUUAGAACAAAACGUUGUAUCAACAAAAAAUAUUUAAAAAAUAUUUAUAAAACAUACAUUAUAAUAAAAAUAGAGCAUAUAUUAUAUGUAAGGCUUAUUCGUAAGACAA